GAGAAACGACCAACACACAGACACUAGCGCUUUAAUGAAACAAAUUAGCUAGAUUCAAAGAAUAGCCUAUUUACGGAGGGACAUUCCCUUACAGAAGUGACAUGGACGACUAUCCAUCGAUGCUCUGGCGAAUAAAAUACAUGUUGAGAAAUAAAAACUUUUGGUUUGGCUCGUUGUUUUUGGGAGGAUUAACAGUUGGAUCAUAUGUGAUGACUUUAUUCACUCAGAAGAGAUUUCGGACUGAUGACAUGGAAAAAGGAAAAAAACAGAAACCGCAAAUACAACAUGUGGUCCUCCAGAAGUUAAGAGUGAUGAAUAAAACUGAAGUGAAGGAAAAAGAGGAGGAGGAAGAGGAGAGUGAAUUUUUUCAGAGAUUGUCAGAGAACGUGAGCCAAAAAUCUAAUGAUUACACUAUGAAGCGGGUAAAAAGACCUGAAGGUUGGGAAGCUGAUACAAACUCAGAAAGCUGAUACAUAAUUCUUGUAUACGCAACAACACACUGUAACUGUGGUUUGCAGUAGAACAAACAUUCUCAAUAUAUCUCAGUUCUUUACAAGAACUUAAAGUUCAACGUCAUGCUUUACACAUCGAUUCUCAAACAGCAUAUUUCAAGACCAAAUAUCUCAAAUACACCAUUUAUAUCAAGCUUCUGGAAAUAACUUCCAAAGCUACAUUAGUAAAAUUCAUAGAACUUUAAACUUUGUAAAAUAAAGCUAUUAACAAAUUUGACUAUGUAAGACAUUUGUAACAGACACUACACUGCACCCACAUUUACGUAUUUUACUCAGACUACCUUUUUGGGUACCGUAGUCUUUAA